CCAUUGUCGCUCGCGAGUCGCGACCAGCCGCCCCAACGAUCCAAAACCUCUCUUCUCCUUCCUCCACACUCCUGCGCCCCCCUCGACGCCUCCAAAUGCCGGCGCUGCCCCUCCGCUGCUCCUCCUCCUCCUCUCCCAUUCCACUGCUACUCUUGUUACUGUCCUUCUCAUUCCCUCUCUUCUUCUCCCCAAGCCCCGCAGCAACCGCCGUCGGAGAAUGCCCUUUGGAUUUUAGUUGGGCAAACUUCACAUUAGCUUCGCCUGCGUGCUCCGAUCCAACCCAGCGGGCAGCUUGCUGCCGCUACAUCAAUGCAUUUGUUGCCAUUUCCAUUGCUCGGUACGCCAACGCCACUGGUAGGCUGGGGGUCCCUCCUGCCUUCGCGGAGUUCUGUUUCAGCUCAGUGUCCGAAACCUUCAAAUUACACGGAAUCCCAACCGAUGCCGAUGUGUUUUGCGGGUUAGGCCCGAAAAUCAGGGUCUCGUAUCAGUGUGCUGGGCGGGACACUGUUCUGGAAAUGAUGCAAUCCCCGAAUUUCAAUGAUGUCAUUGGAAGCUGCAGGGGCCCUCUUUCGCUGGAUAUUACCUGCAAGACAUGCUUGAAUUAUGGCAUCGUUUACCUCCAUCGCCUCGUUGAGUCAGAUGAUAAUGUUGCCCUGAGUGUGUGCCGCAACGCAAUUUUUGUAACGCUUGCGACUCAGGAGGGUAUUCUUUCCUAUGAUGAUAUUGUCACAUGCUUCUUUGGUGUUCGAGGAAUCACCACCCUUCCAGGACCAUCAUCUGUCACAUCUACUCCGGCAGCCUCUCCAAAUGUUACUGUUGGUCCUCCAGCUCCAAAGAUCAAAACUGUUCCACAGAAACAUCACCAGCAUUACCGGAUUACAGUUAUUCCGGGGAUAGGGAUAGGGGUAAUAUUGCUCGCCGUGCUUCUGCAAUUCAUCUUAGUGGCACUGAUCCGUAGAAAGAGCAAGGAAUUGAAGAACGCUGGCUUCCCUACUCAGAAUCCGGAAAACGCAUUUCACCAGAGUCAAUCCUGGAGAUGCCCAGAAGGUCAAUCACCAAUGUUUCAAAGGUAUAGCUACAAAGAAACAAUGAAAGCAACAAACAAUUUCAGCACAGUUAUUGGAAAGGGAGGUUUUGGAACAGUCUAUAAAGCUCAGUUUAAUGAUGGCUCUAUCGCUGCGGUGAAAAGGAUGGACAAGGUUUCAAGACAAGCCGAAGAAGAAUUCUGUCGGGAAAUGGAACUCUUGGCUAGGUUGCAUCAUCGCCAUCUUGUGACCCUCAAGGGCUUCUGUAUUGAAAAGAAAGAAAGAUUUCUCGUGUACGAAUACAUGGCUAAUGGAAGCUUAAAGGAUCACCUACACUCGUCUGGAAGGAAGCCAUUAAGCUGGCAGACUAGACUACAUAUUGCAAUAGAAGUGGCCAAUGCUCUGGAGUAUCUUCAUUUCUUUUGUAAUCCUCCACUCUGCCAUAGAGACAUCAAGUCGAGCAACAUUCUUUUAGAUGAGCAUUUUGUUGCCAAGGUUGCUGAUUUUGGCCUUGCACAUGCAUCAAGAACUGGCACUGUCAGCUUUGAAGCUGUGAACACAGAUAUACGAGGAACCCCAGGGUACAUGGAUCCUGAAUAUGUGGUAACUCAAGAGUUGGCAGAGAAGAGUGAUAUAUACAGCUAUGGCGUGCUUCUGCUGGAGCUUGUCACUGGGCGCAGAGCAAUCCAAGACAACAAGAACUUGGUUGAGUGGGCACAGAUGCACCUAUCUUCUGGUGUGAUCCCUCCUGAAAUAGUAGACCCUGCGAUCAGGGAGAUGGUUGACAUGGAUCAGCUGCAUUUGGUGGUUGGCAUUGUCCAGUGGUGCACCCAGAGAGAAGGGCGGCAAAGACCAUCCAUCAGGCAGGUGCUGAGGAUGCUCUUGGAGAGGCUAGAUCCUGGGAAUGGCAGCUUUGGUGAGGGCAUGGAAGAUGCAGAAGGGGGGUUUUAUCCUCGGAGCAGCAAAUGUGGCGUCCACCGAAACGAAUUGACCCCCCACAGUAGCGACAUGAGGUCUCUUCAUUCGUCAUCGAGCACAACAAGAUCUUACUGCAGCCGCAGCAUGUUGCUUGAAAGUGGGCAGACUCAGUCUCCUCCAGAAACUCUCUGACGACGCCUUCUUUCAGUUUCGAUAUAGCUGUGAAAUGUUGUCCCUCUCAUAAUCUCAAGGUUUGUGUCGGUUGAGUGCUGAAGCGACUCGUGGUGUGCAAGGUAUACCAAGAGGUGCUUAUUGAUGAAAAUCCAGUUUUAUCAGCCAGUAAUUUUUGUCACAGAAACAAACUGCUGUAAUAUAGAAGUUGUUGUGUGUAGCAGGAAAGAAAAUACUCCAAUUUGCGUUCUAGGUGAGUUAAAGUCAGAACAUGGAAGCAAAAACUAUUGGUUGAUCAUGGAACCUGAAGCAUGCACGGCUGGUGUUGCAUAUUGUUUUAUUCGGUUUGAGAAGGCACGGUACAUUGUUUAUUGAAGUGCUGCUGGUCUUGGCAUGUUGGUGUGUUUCCUAUCUUUU